UGACGCGGUAGCCUAGCCGGUAGUCUGGGAGCCCUUCGCCGCGGAGUCGGCGCGCGCAUCUGCAGUCUUAAUCUCUCUCCUCCCCGCCUCCGUGGCAGAUGUGCAAAAUACAGAAAAAGGAGAAAGAAAAAAAAAAAGCCUUCUAACGUCCUUAACUUUGGAUCCCACUCCCGCGGGGCCUUUUUCAGGGCUUCGGCUGAGCAGAAGCGUCCGGUGCCUGGUGAUGGUGGCCCCGGGGCGGGGUAUUUUUUGUGAACUGGCGUCAUCAGCCAGUGUGCUCCUCUGCUCGCCCACCAGGAGAAAACUGUUUGGAGAUUAUGGAUGCUAAGCCCGAACCUGGACCCCUCAGUGAGAGUUCAGAACUUCUUUUCUCCUUUGGAGUUAUAGCAGAUAUUCAAUAUGCUGAUUUGGAAGAUGGCUAUAAUUUCCAAGGAAGCAGACGGAGAUACUACAGACACAGUCUUCUUCACUUACAGGGUGCUAUUGAACACUGGAAUAAAGAAAGCAGCCCACCCAGUUGUGUACUUCAGCUUGGAGACAUCAUCGAUGGAUAUAAUGCACAAUAUAAAGCAUCAGAAAAGUCACUAGAACUCAUCAUGAACACAUUCCAAAGGCUGAAAGUCCCAGUUCAUCACACGUGGGGAAAUCAUGAAUUCUAUAACUUCAGCAGAGACUAUUUAACAAACUCCAAACUUAACACAAAGUUUCUGGAGGACCAGAUUGCCCAUCAUCCUGAGACUGUGCCUUCAGAGAAUUAUUACGCUUAUCAUUUUGUACCAUUCCCUAAAUUCCGGUUCAUUUUACUCGAUGCUUAUGACAUGAGUGUCUUGGGCGUGGAUCAGUCUUCUCCAAAAUACCAGCAGUGUCUGAAGAUACUGAGGGAGCACAAUCCAAAUACGGAAUUGAAUAGUCCUCAAGGACUUGCUGAGCCCCAGUUUGUCCAGUUUAAUGGAGGAUUCAGCCAAGAACAGCUGAACUGGCUGAAUGAAGUUCUUACAUUCUCUGACAGAAACCAAGAAAAGGUGGUGAUUGUGAGCCAUCUUCCCAUUUAUCCCGAGGCCUCUGACAGUGUGUGCCUGGCCUGGAAUUACAGAGACGCCCUGGCAGUCAUUUGGUCUCACAAGUGUGUGGUGUGUUUCUUCGCCGGUCACACUCACGAUGGUGGCUACUCUGAGGAUCCUUUUGGUGUGCACCACGUCAACAUAGAAGGGGUUAUUGAAACGGCUCCAGACAGCCAGGCUUUUGGCACAGUUCAUGUCUAUCCUGACAAAAUGAUGUUGAAAGGGAGGGGCAGAGUUCCAGACAGAAUUAUGAAUUACAAGAAGGAAAAAGCUUUCCAUUUUUAGUCUGAUUUUAUUUGUUUACUUUUAUAGAAAGAGACUGACUUGGUUUUGUGGUUUUGUUCCGCCUUCCUCUCCCCAAAUCCUGAGUCUCAUUGUUUAGUAUUCCGUUUGCAUAACAAAUAGCCAUAACUGACUUCAAUGUGUGUUAGCUCAUAAGAUAUUCUGAAAUGUCAUUUUUGGAUAAUAUAUCCCGUGUUGAAAAUUGGAAAGGAAAUGAAUGAAAGUAGCAUGAAUAAACCAGGGAGGAGACUGAGGUGGGGGGGAUACAGUCCUCCAAACAGACUCUAUUUAGCCUUACCUGAGGUUUUUUUACUUUUUACAAGGAGAAUGUAUUCAUUCACUGUAUUAGCUAUGUAAGUUAAAAUUCAUAAUAAAAAAGAAAUAAAAUAAGCUCAGGUAAACUUUUUCCAUUUACCCAGCUGUGUGAAUGAGCUUUAGACAUUGUUUGCUCAGAGUACCCAUCAUAUUUGUACUUUUAUAGGUUUAUACUCCUGUUUCGUAAGCCAGAAACAUCACCAGUUACUUCACAGGUGAACGAAUAGCACCCCCAUUCACACAGGUGAACGUGUGGUCUCCCUUGUGAACCUCUUGUGAGUUCAGCCAAAGCAGGACCAAGUGCCAGUGCAGCUGUGUGCCUGCCAGCAUGUCUGUUUGGGCCCCCAGCUGGUGCUAUAUGAGACUAUCGUAGGUAAAUGAAUUUACCCUUGACUCCCUUUAUAGACAAACGGGGCAUGUUUAACUGAGCUGUCAUAUAUUCUAAGACUUAUUUGCAGAAACACUUACUCAGUGGCAAAUGGGGACUGUUCAAGUGUAGAAAAAGUUUGAUUCAGGGCCUGAAAAACAGGAAGACCAAAAAACCAGUACUAGUCAACAUAAGUGUGUCUGCUGAGUACCGAAGCACCGUGGGGCUACAGAGGCAUAUCAGUUUCCGCUGGCUGCUGUAACAAAUUAGCACAAACUUGGUGGCUUAAACAACAUACACUUGUUCUCUUACAGUUCUGGAGGUCAUAAGUCUGAAAUCGUCUUCACUGGGCUGAGAUCAAGGUGUUAUCAGGGCCAUGCUCUCUCGGGGGCAGAAUCGGUUUCCUUGCCUUUUCCAGCUUCUAGAGCUGCAUCUCUUGCAUGUCUUGGCUCAUGGCCCCUUCCUCCAUCUGCAAAGCUAGCAAUGCAGCUUUUUCCAGUCUCUUGCUGCUUUGUUGUCACAAUGCCUUUCUCCU